AAAUCAAAACCGUGUCACAAUUACUGUCUACAUCGUAAACAUCGUUAAAUACCAGGAUCUAAAAUAUGUUCAAUUUCUGUUAAAAAAAAGUGAGAAAAUGAGAAAAAAAACUGCUCAAUCUUAUCUCCCCAUCGUAGCACCGUGCCCAUUCAUUCCUGUCUUCUUCUACGUGGAGAACGUCUCCACUAUUUUAUCUCCAGCACAUCAUACGGAUCGAGUCAUCGUUCUUAUCUCCCUGCCGUGAUUUUUCUGCUCAUCUUCAUCCGCCGUCGCUCUGGAUCCGUGGAAAAAUCUGCAGGAUCCUUAUCCUUACCGCUGCCUUGCCGCUCAGCCGCCGCUCAACUCGAGCAUAAGAAUCCAGCCGCCCUGAGCUCCUUCCUGGUGGCCGGCGCUCAUCUUCCACGGCGUCUCCAUCUCCUCUGCUGGCGUCGCGCGCUUGCCUCCUGCCGGCCAAGGCUUCUCCUCUGUGCUCCUCACUCCUCCAGCCAAGCGGCUCCAUGGAGGCCAAGCUACUUCCUCGUGGCAUCUCUAUCUCUCAGCCGGUCAAGUUUCUCUCUGCCGUGCGCAGCUCGCUCAAUCCUCCCUGCUCGAAUUUUUUUAGCGCCGAGCUCUCCUGCUUCCCAUGGUGUUCGUCCUCAAGUUCGCCGUGGAGCUCCCUUGCAGCGCCCUGCUCGCCCCAGCGGCUCCCUGCUCGCGUCUCCAGCCAUCGGCAGCUCACCGCGCACAGCUCCCUGUCCGUCCUCUCUGCCGAGCGAUUUUCGCGUGCGCGUGCAGCUCCGGCUCGUUCCCCAUGGUGGCCGCGGUGCCUCUCUGCCUGCUGGAACGUCCUUGUCCGCGAACUCCACCCAUCCGUGCCAGUCGCCGUUUCUAUGAUCGAUUCCAAGCUGUAGUGUGCCCGGUUGCUUUUUCUUCGUCCCAUGGCGCCCGGACUUCUGCUCGCCCCAGCUCGCUGUUGUCGCGAGCUCCAGCCCGGAUUUCGCCUUGUCACGGCGCCUGCUGCUCGCCCCUGCUGCGCGUGUCGCAUUCUUCUAUUGCGCGCACGAAAAUUCUCUGCUCACAACGGCGUGUUAAGUUUCCGCGUCGAGCUCCUCUCGUGCGUGCAUGUCGUCGUCUCCAAGUCGAUUCUUGGCUGUCGUAGUAUUUUUAAGUUAUCCCGGCCAUGUCUGUGGUUGUCAGGCGUGUCUGUUGCCGUGAACUCGCCCCUGGUGUCCACUCUGUCUCUGGUCCGCGCUUCCUUCAGUUCGGCCAGGCGGGGCAUCGUUCCGUGCUGUGCUCGCCCAAGUCGCCACUGUCAAAUCGUCGGAGUCGCUCAACUCACCAAUCGUAUCUUGGUCAGUCAUCGAUUUCAUAUUUAUCAUGGUCCUCACGUCAGUCGUCCCUAUUCGAACUUGCUAGCUCGCCGACUGACCGUCGUGUACCUUGAAAUCCCUCGUCGGCCGACCUCGCGACUUAGUUCGUCGCGUCGGGUAUGUAGCUAUAUAUAUGCCACCCUCCUAUAUCAUCGUCGAAGCUGUCAUCCUCUGCUCGACCCCCACCUCACCAGCUCGCUCCAAACACGAUCUCGUCGUCGUUUCGUGUGUCAUCAAGAAAUCCCAAGCGUCGGAUGAAGACGGAGCCAACAGCAUGGUGUUCACCAAGUGCACGACAGGAAGCUCGAGCCGGGAUUUAUCAGCAUUCGUACGAGUAUUGGGUCGCGUUUGGUGCUGGUGAGCCGAUUUAUAAUUUUUGUACGUUUAUCUGAUGAUUGGAUUAACUAGAAUUAUUAGUCGUAAUAA